AUGCAGGUCUCCUUCGCAAGUGUCCUGAAUGGGAUUGCACUGAGGGAUACUAUGUCCAAUCUCCAUCUUGGCAUAUACUGUCUGUAUUUGACUGUAUUACUCGCGAGUCUGCAUGUCGCAGAAUCAGCUGGAUUUCAGUCUGAGCCCUGUACUGAUCGUGAAUUGGCCACAGGAACGCAGUGCUUUCGUCGCAUUCCCGAUGCCGCCUACUUCUUGCCACGUGGCUACACUGCCCUCCUUCACUGUGUAGUUGAAAAUAUGCGUGGAAAAGCUCAAUGGCGCUUUAACAACCUACUCCUAGGUCAUGAUCCUAGCGUUCCCGAUUUCGAGCGCAUCUCAAUGCCAGGUGACCCCAACACAGGUGACGUUGGUUUACAGAUAAGAAAUCUCACUAUUGACGAUACUGGGGAGUACGAAUGCCAGGUUACUCCCAGCAUGGGCCAACCCCUUCUGCGAAGAAAGACGUGGCUUCAAGUUACUGUGAUGCCGUCUACGCCAAGACUGUUCGCUCUAGGCAAGGAGGUAAAGGACAGGAGUCUCGGUAUCCCUCUAUCUGACGAAGAGAAGACCAUAACCGUGGAGUGCGUGGCCUCAAACGGGAUCCCGCCACCAAAUUUCUACUGGAAACUUAAUGACAUUCUACUGCAGAGCAUGCCCACGGAUGACAAGUCUCCAGUAAGGUUGCCUCAAAUCAUCACAAAUCCGGGUGAGGAUCGGUCAAUGCUGACCCUGCUUAAAUCUGACCUCAAAACAGGCAACAUUCUCACCUGUGAAGUUAGCAACAAUGCAACUUUGAGUCGUGAGGAUGUGACGGCGAGAACUCUGCGUACUACCACCCUUAUUGAUGUCCACGUGCCACCGGGACCUCCAAUAAUUACCAUCCUUGACAAUUUUGACGGCGGAACCUUUAAAGAAGGAACUCAACUGCAAGCGGAAUGCGUGGCGAAACCUCCGGGGCACCCUGUGGGAGCCCUCUUCUGGCGCUGGCACUUUCCUCCGUCUCUACAAGCGGCACUGCCACCACUGCAACGCAUCCCUUUGGGUUUGCCUUUCCACUCACAGGACUUCGUUCAGACCAUCGUCAACACCGAGGACGUGCCUACCAGCUUCUACGAGACUUCCACUAAUGGGGAGCUAAAAGCCGUACUCACAAUUCCUAACAUUAACCGACGCUACCACUAUGCCAAACUCUCCUGUGAGACUGCACACAAUACUGGUGUCUCGAAGAGGGCGGAUGUGAAUGUCACAAUUAACUUUCUACCUCACAAUCUCACCAUAACGCUAAAGAAGGGGACUCUUCUUACCGGCUCCGUAAACGGCCGUUCCGAGUUAGUGGCUUACGCUCAAGAAAACACCAAGUUAACAUUCUGCUGCACCACCGACGAGAUGUAUCCCGAUGUCGCGCUGAGGUGGUUUCUGCUGACCGAGGAUCGCACAACUGUCCAAUCGGAAAGAGUAGCCGAUCGGGACCUUCGCAAGCCGUCGACCAGGCAACCUGGGGCUUUCAUUCGAGAAUCUGAGGUCACCAUCACAAUGAUUCGGCGCAAUCACCACAGCUUCCUCGAUUGUCAGGCCUGGUAUAAUGGCACUAAUCGGGUGAUUCGAAGUGUCCGCCUGGGCAUCGCAUAUCCACCGGACGAGCCAACAAUUAAGGGUCUUGGUAGUGCCGAACCGAUAAGGACUGGCGAAUCUCGAAUACUGGUCUGUGAAUGUUUGAAUGGAUAUCCUCCACCGGAACUUCGAUGGCUCAAAAAUGGCAAACCGAUUGAAACCACCUUUACGCAACGAAAUUUUCUCGUCGGUGUUGGAUUGGAUUUAAAGAUAGUUGCUAGAAAGGAGGACAACGGUGCUAGGAUAACGUGUCAGGCCAAGAGUCGGGCCCAGUUGGGAGAUGUGAAGAGCCGACCUCUCAUCCUAAACGUCCACUUUCCACCCUCUGAGGUCAACAUAAGCAUUCUCCAGCAGGGUAGCCUUCUGGCUGACCAGGAGGUGGAAGUCAGUUGCGAGGCCGGGUCCGCCAACCCACCUGCUCGUCUGCAAUGGCGUUACUACCAUUGCAGCCGUAUCAAACAGUACAUGCGGAGGGCCGACCACUCCACAAUUCUGCUCACCUCACUCAACAAAGUCACCAAACCUUUGGUUGAAGCAUCACCAGGGCAAAAUGAGCUACCUCAGGACUGCGAGAUGGACGAUCGCAUCGGUAUCGAAGAUCCACCGACAAAGGGGAGCUACGGUGGUUUCAUUUCCCGAGGUCGACUGCUUCUCCGACCCGAGUGGAGGGAUCACUUGGACAUUGUGGCCUGCCUCGCAUCUAACAGUGUCUACAAUCACCUGACGAUGCAAAAUCAGGUUCAACUUAACGUCUCUUUUCGGCCUCACUUCAUUGGCUUUCAGCCUGGACAUUCCCACAGCAUUGUCGAAGGCAGCUCGGGAAUCUUGGAUUUGAUUCCAUACGGCAACCCAAUGUGCACUAAUAUUGCUUGGUCGGUAGAGGGACGGUUCUUGAAUGAGAGUCCAAUUGAUCCCCGAACGGCUAGCUUCUCUGAGAGGUCGGUUAAACGGACCCUUUCGAAGCUGACCGGCCUCUAUCAACGGGAUGAACUGUUAGUAAUCUGGAAUAUCAAGCGCAACCAGGCGAAUAAUGUGACUGUUAGAGCUGAAAAUAGUCUUGGGACUACGAAAGCCACCUUCUUCUUGGACGUUACGUACUCCGCAAAGGUCAACAAGUCUGUUAAUGCCAAUGUGAGCUUGGGUAAGAUGGCCGUUUUAGAGUGCUUGGCCAGAGGCAAUCCCGCGUCUGCUAUCAACGCGUUCUCCUGGCAUCGCCUUCUCUUUCCUGCCUGGGAUAAGGAGGCUAAUGAGGCUCCUCAGAUUGAAACCACCUCUCUCGGUUGUAAUGAUGUGACUCGCAUAAACGGAACCAUCAAGCAUAUGGUGCAGUGCGAAGACGUUGACCAAUUCACCAUGCGUAGUCGACUGCUAGUUUACAAUGUCACUAGGGACGAUGUUGGCCUCUACGGUUGUACCGUGGACAAUGGUAUUUCUACACCAGACCGGUCUGAAGUGAAGCUCUUCAGCACAUUCGCUCCGGAGAUCGUGCGGCAGCCUAAAUUCGCGAAGGUGGCAGCCCCGUUCGGGACCAGGGCGGUGUUGCAGUGCUUCGUGCGAGUGGAGCCGAUGCCCCGCGUCGCUUGGAUUCUAAGCCGACGCGACCAGAAGGGAAGCGCCACCGUGACCCACAUCCGUCCUGGCUACUAUGCCGCUAAACUACACAUCAAUGCCAUACAUGUUUCGGAUUUUGGACAGUAUACUUGUAAGGUAAUGGCAGCAAGCGGGGAUGAAGACCAGUUUGCAAUUCAAGUAACUGGAACCGGUCCACCAGAGGUCCCCUAUGAUCUGCAUCUGUUGAAUGCAUCUAUCACGAGUCUUCGAGUUGGCUGGGGCCAGGGUUUCAAUGGUGGUUAUAAGCAAACCUUCACGGUUCGCUGGAAAUCUGAUCAUCCCGAUGAUCAGUAUAGAUAUGCUGACGUUGCCGAAAUAGAAGAUGUGGGUGAUGUUAUGUUUACCAUAAACGGCCUGAAGCCAAAUACGCGAUAUGAAAUCGGUGUCAGUUCCAGAAAUGAUAUUCACGGACAAACGGAGUAUACAGAAUCUAUUCACGCAAAGACCAGUCCGGUUUUGGAAGAUCUCGAUGGAUUCAAUGGGUAUCACAGCGUAAGAGCCGUCGGCUACUCGAAAUCCAGUUCCCUUUUCAUCAUCGUUGCGGCCUGUGUAAUCGGAGGAGUGGUGAUUUUCGUUAACAUCGUUGUAAUCACCUAUCUCAUUCGAAAGAGGCACAGAGGAGGCAACCAGAUCCCGGGACCAUCCUCCGCAAAGUCGCAUAUCCUUCCACUAAAGAAACAGUACCAAGAUGGACACUACUGCCGAGAUCCGCAUCACAGGCGCUUGAGUGGGGAGCACUUCUAUUUGCCCGAUCCUCUUUUAACUGGUGAGGCUGCCCAAACCAACCCUGUCUAUGGAUACGAACCCCCCAGUGAUCAUAUACCCGAGUUGGGGAAUGCAAUCUGCCAGUCAACCUACAUGCCAGGCGUACCACCAGCUCUGUACACCAAUGACGGGACGUAUCCACAAAUUCAUCACACCCAUGCGGCCACAGUCGCGUCCGGUCAAGGCCACCGAUCUGAGCCGAAGUUCAUUGUCAGGCCACGAAGUGGUCUGAGACGCAGACAGAGCUUUAGUGACGCACUAGACAGGGGUCAAGUCUCUAAGGGAAGGGUGAACGACCAGGUGUGCUACCACAGAAACACAAUGGGAAGACCAUCCUCAAGGCGCCAUUACCCUGGACCGUCGUACAGCCUUACUCCACUUGAUAACCAACAGCGUGGAGAAGUCUCAAAUUUGCUUGGAUACACCAAGAACUGUUACAUUGAUCAACUCGAAGCACUGCAAAAGGGAGAUAGCCCAACAAAAAAGCUUCUCCUGAACGGUGGAGGCAUGAGUGAAUCGGUGACUUGGGGAUCGAGGCCGACUACUUCAAACACCGAAUGGUGUGACAAUCCUGGCGUUGUCGUCUAG